CUGGACAGCGUCGCCAGACGAUGAGGAGGUCAGCUUUUCCAGCGGCUAGUUAGUUCGUUCGUUGGCAAUGUUAGCCAGCAAUCCUUGCCCAGUACAAUCCAGUCCAGUCCAGUCCAGUCCACGAAAAGUGCAGCCUAGCAAAUACUGGACCUCGAGAUGGUGGUUUACUGGUUUACUGUUUACUGGGCCAUCCGCCAGCAUAUGCGAUUGCUUCUGUGUCUCGUGGGAAGUAUCACUCGCCUUACACGACGACUAACUUACCCGCCCGAUGUGACUAUCUCAUAUUGUGAGAGGCGGCCCCCCCCCCCCCUCCUCCCCUUUCUUGCGGUGCCGAAGGAUUGGGUGCGACAGAUGAUAUUCUUACAUUUCACACUCAUUUUACUGUAUGUACAUUGGACUCGCCCCCUCUCUUGCCAGUGCGUUCGCUGCUCUUUUGUUUUUUUUGUCGCUUCUUUCGGGGCAGAGCAAGAUCGACGCGCAAAGCAGCGGUCAAACCCCCCCUCCCCUCAACCUCAACCCUUAAAGACGACGAUGCUGUGGGGUUACGGUGUUGUUCGCUUCCCCUCUUGCUCGUGCUCGUGCAACAUGACUCUUGUCAUUGUAAGAAACUUUGAACACAUCGAUGUAUGAGUAUGGGUAUGAGUAUGAAUAUGAGUAUCUAUCCAUCGAGUCCGGUCGGCAAGGCAAGGCAAGGCAAGGCAAGGCAGGGGGAAAGGGCACCCACCCUGCGCGACUUGGACCUUCGCUUGACUGACUGACUGACUGACUGGCUCUUUCUUGCCCAUCAAGAUGGAUUCGCAUGAGAACCUUGUGAGAGAGAAUUAGAUAGGGGAAAGAGGUGUUGUGUUUCUCUCCCCUAGCGUCCUAGCAUUAGUAUGAGGACGGAGGGCGCAUAGCCCGUGGGGGUUUGGUGUUGUUGUU